GGCAUGAAAACACCAUCUUGCAUCUUUAUAUCUAAGGUUUCGACAUGGAAGACACCAAAGUGGAACCCCCACGGACUAUUGACAACGUUCUACAACUACUGGGCAGCCUGGGACGUUAUCAGCUGUUUCAAGCUGUCCUGCUAGCUGUUGGAAAUCUGUCAAUUUGUUUCCAUCUUCUCAACUUCGUGUUCAUAGCCCAGGAUGCAAAAGAACAGUGUGAAGUGACUCCACUGUAUGGCAACAGCACGGACACAAACUACGGCACCUGUGACGUGUCAGUACUAAACAGCACCACCAACGUCACCACAACACACACAUGCAAUGCCUGGACGCAUGGUGUCAAGAAUGAUUAUUCAAUAGUGUCGGAGUGGGAUCUCGUGUGCGGGAAUGUCUUCUUCGCCCGCCUCCCCCAGUCUCUCUUCAUCGUAGGGCAGGGGAUUGGCGCAGCCACGGUCUCGCUGAUGUCGGACAAAUUCGGGAGGAGACCUUUCCUUGUAAUGUCACACGUGUUGACCGCUGGCGCGGGGCUUGCUUUAGCGUUCGCCCCGAAUAUCGCAGCUUUUUCUGCUCUGAGAUUGGUGAAUGGAAUUUUCCAACAGGGCAUCGUUGUGACAACUUACACUAUGCUAAUGGAAGCGUUCCCGAGGAGCAGGCGGUUAGAAGUGGCUAUGUUCAACGCCUUAUCUUGGAGUAUGAGCACGGUACUCCUCACAGGGACGGCCUACUUGUUACGUGAUGCGGACUGGAGAACCAUGCAACUGUGUUUUGUGUCUGUGUCUAUCACUGUACUUCUACACAUCUUCUUUUUGGGAGAGUCCCUGAGAUGGUUGAUCACCAACAAAAGGGCCAAAGGAGCCUUUGCGAUAUUCAAGAGGGCGGCGAAGAUGAACAAAGUUGAGGUGUCAAAUGUACCAUUGCCCGGUAUUGGAACUGAAACAGCACCUGUUGAACUGAGCAGCACGAAGAGUAAAUAUGCGGAAACACCAGAGAAACAUACAGAAGUAGUGAAAUACAGCUGCCUUGACUUGGUGCGGACCAAGUUUAUGUUGAAGAUAUGUGCUGUCGUGUGGUUCUCCUGGUUGAUUGACAGCUUGACGUACUUCAGCCUCUAUCUUACCUCUUCGUCCCUUGCUGAUGAUCACUAUCUGAACUUUUUCCUCAACUCGCUGGCUGAAAUACCAUCAGGACCACUUAACUUGUUUGUCGGGAAAAGGUGGGGAAGGAGAGUGUUUUUCAUGUUUUUCCAUGUACUGGCCGGUGUAUGUCUUCUUUCGGCAACAGCAAUCAGAACAUUUGUGGUCGGACAAGCAGCGUCAACGGCAGCAACAGUCUUGGCUUUCAUAGGGAAGAUCGGUAACAGUGCCUGUUUCAAUGCAAUGUUUGUGUAUGCGCCCGAGAUCUUCCCGACAAAUCUCAGAUCGGCUGGUAUGGGAUCUGGUUCUACAGCUGCGAGGGUUGGAGGGAUGAUCGCACCUUUCAUAUCUAUACUGGCAGCUAUUGCACCCUGGGCUCCUGGAAUUAUUUUCGGGGUAGCGUGUUUGGUAACAGCCGCGCUCAAUUAUAUGCUCCCUGAAGCAGAGGGACGAGAACUUCCCCAGACAAUAGAGGACGUCAAGGCAUGGGGUAAAGCACCUGCAAGAGAUUAACGCUACUUCAAUAAACCAAAGCUUAUGGGCUUUUGAAUAAUAAUAUCCCACGUACAUGUAUAUUCCAGGUGCGGACAUUUCAAAAACUCUUCAAAGAAUCAUCAACAUGAGUUAGUGACUUAAAAGUUAACGUCACACUGCUAAUUUUCCAGCCAUAUCGUGACGAGAAAAAAAUUAUACAUUUACAAUAAUACAUAUAUUUAGAUGAAAUAAAAAUUUAUCAUCAAUGCACAGUACAAUAACUAUGUUAUCAAAGAUUUGCUUUAAAACCAGUUGAGAAUAUUUAAAAGAAUAAAUUAUCAGGAAUCAUCAACAUUGGAGAAGUAACCAGAUUUAUAUACACGUAUGAUCCAAUGGAACAUACUGAAACUUUUCAAAUUCCCAGGCUGCUUCUCUUGAUUGAUUUUGAGAAUAUAUUUGAUUCAGUUGACAGACAAUAUGUUGCUAAUGUCCUGAAGUUUGUUUUAACUUUGGACUUAGAAUUACUCAGUCGAUAGAAACUCUUAAUAAUGAUAUUGAAUCCAGAGUUUUCAUUAGUAAACGAUUUUGUCACGUCAUCCUUUAAAAUAGGACGCGGGCGGUGUCAAGGAGAUCCGAUAGUCCCGUACCAUUUUAUGCUUUGUGUAGAAAUCCUAGGAAUCACGAUUCGGAAUAAUAAAAAGAUAAAGGGAAUUAAUUUAGGAAACACUGAGUAUAUACCAUCACAAUUGGCUGACGAUACUACUCUAACUGUAGAUGGUUCUAUGCAGUCUUACAUACAUUGCAGUUAUUUGCAAGUUUCUCGCGUUUAAAGGGUAAUGACAAAACCAAACUCACUGGGAUUGGUUCUAACACGUGAACAAGGUACAAAUUGAAAUGUAUGGAAUGGAAAUUUGAUUGGUCUCAAUCAGAGUUUACGCUUUACGUUUACGAAUUCCAAAUUUGUAAAAUUACCUUGCUAUAUAGUAGAGAAUCAUACAAAAUCAGGCAUUAAAGGUAAAAACAACAAUCCUUUUAUGUAAUCAUAUUAUUGGUUAAGAAAAUUAUGUAUAGAUCUAGCAGAAAAAAAAAUACACCAAAUGUUGAACACAUAAAACGAGAUAUUAUAAGGUAUUAUGACUUUACUAAAUUUAUUUAUUUUUCUAGUAGAGAAAAAGAAAGUUAUUUUCCUUCUGGCCAUCUCUAUACUUACUGUUUAAAUAAAGUAAUUUGCUCAAUUACCUCAUUUUACCUUAUUUCUAAGUUAAGUAUAAACAUGUCUUAACGACCCAUAAUGUUUCUAAAACCUAUACGCGUUUUUUAUUGUGAUGUUCAUUCUAGUUAUCAUUUUAUAUGUACCUUUUUAGGAAAACGAUAUGUAUCUGUAUAUAUACACAGCUAGCUUGUAUAGCUUUCGAUGACAAUUUCAGCAAUAUGUUGAAUGCAUAAUAAAUGUAUUUGUUUCUAUUAAGUCAAAUAUAAUAUGCAUACUGUAACAAUAAUGUACCAUUUGUUGCUUACCUGUACCUGAAAACAUGGACAUAAAA